AUAAUAUCAACAGUAUGCCGGACACACCAGUGCUAUUGUAUUGCAAGUAAUGGCUGUGGUGUGUCGAGUCCCGUGAGGCGGCGCUUGAUGGGGCUGCUCCUGAACUAGAGGAACACCACACCGGACAAAGACACGCGUUUGGGGCUUGGUCACGUGACAGAAAGACCUUCGUUGGUGAUCAGUAAAAAUGCUAGUGGAGCUCCUGUUGUUUGGUGGACUGCUGUUUCUGUUAUGGAAAAGCUUCAGAAAGCCCCCGGAACUACCUCCAGGAAAGUGGGGCCUUCCUUUGGUGGGUUACAUACCCUGGACCAGUAAGACAUUUGAGGAUCAGGUGUCGGACUUUCACAAGCAGUACGGACAUAUAUUCCUGUGGAGGAUGGGAACACAAUUAAUGGUGUUUAUCAACGACUACAAGUUAGUGAAAGAAACUUUCUCAAGGGUUGAGUUUACCAACAGACCAGAUUGGGAGACCUUCAAGUUUUUCGAAGAUCCUGCUAUUGGAAUCGGAUCGAGUAGUGGCGCUCUUUGGCACAGGAACCGAAGAUUUACUUUACGGCAGCUGCGUGACCUCGGCAUGGGCAAAUCCAGACUGGUGGAAGUAGUGCAACAGCAAACGCUAAAGCUACGAGAGAGCCUAUCCAUUAACGCUGGAACACCCGGAAGAAUUCCCCAUCAGCUAUUUGUGACCAUAAUCAACGUGAUCUGGCAAAUGGUGGCAAGCAGACAGUUUGAUGCAGAAGACAAAAAAUUAAAGAGCUUUGCAAAAGAUAUGGACGACUUCGUGAUACUUUCAAAUCGACUGGCCUUUAAGGACUUCCUGCCGUGGCUUCAAACUAUCAUGCCGGAAUUCCUCUUCAAACGAUUGAUAAACUAUCAUGGAAUGGUGCAGAUGAAGGAGAGAUUCUUCGCUUACUUUUAUGAGGAAAUAAAAAAUCACCGCGCCACUUUGGAUCCAGACAACCCACGAGACUUAAUUGAUGGCUAUCUACUGGAAAUGGAGACCAAUAAAGAUGAUACAGAGACUACCUACAGCGAUGCGGACUUGGCUUUUCUUGUGUUCGAUUUGUUCUUCGCUGGUAGUGAGACUACUACUAACACCUUCAACUGGAUGUGUUGCUUCCUGGCAUCCCAUCCUCACGUGCAGCGAAAAUUACAUGCCGAGAUUGACGAAGUGCUUUGCAACGGAAUUCUGCCCACUUUGACGGAAAGGCCAAGAAUGCCAUACACAGAGGCUGUAAUUAAUGAAGUGCUGAGGAUUUCGGCUUUGGUAAACUUCGGAGUGCAGCACAUGGCAAACACAGAUACUCAGCUCGGGGGAUACACCAUUCCCAAGGGAACGAUAUUGAGUUCUUCCGUCACAUCCAUCCAUUAUGAUAACCGCUACUGGGUUCAACCCAACGAGUUUAGGCCGGAGCGUUGGCUGGAUGAAAACGGCAAACUCUCUAUGAAAAAGGAAGGAUUUCUAGCCUUCGGUGUGGGAAAACGAGUAUGCACCGGUGAGAGUUUGGCCCGGAUGGAACUGUUCAUCAUCACCUCAAUGAUCUUCCAAAGUUUCUCCAUCGCUCCACCGCCUGGCAAGUCCAUCAAUUUAAUACCUGAUUUAAGCGGUUUUUUCUUCCGUAAGCCAAUGUACAAUGAGUUCGUCUUCACCAUGAGGAAACAGUGAUUAUCGUCACUUACAUUUAGCUUCAUUGUCAGGUGCUUCAGCUAUGUAGCAUCCAUUCCUGUUUCUUCCACAUAUUUCACAUACUUUCCACAGUUCCACAAAAAAAGACCCAAUAUCUCUCUUGCGUGUUCCAUCUUCGGGUUGUCACUGCAUAAGACUUAUUGUCUAGUAAGUGUCAUUUCUGCUGUAGAUUUCAGUUUUUUUUACUGUAACUGGUAUUUUAUAGCUUGGAGGUGCUUUUACCACUUUACGUACAUACCUUAGAAAAGCUACUUCAAUGGGAGCACGAUCCUUUAGUGCUGGGAUAUCUAAUAAGUUUGGUCAUUUUUUAUUUACACAGAAAACGGAAUUACCAGUUCUGAUUUAGAAACUGAACUUGUCUUCGGUCCACUCAGGCUAAAUGGAAUGCUAAAACCUGUUACCUUUGUUCAAACAAAUAAUUUUCUUCGGUUUUCAUCACAUAUCUAUAAGAAACUAACUGCACUAGGGAAGCAACUGCAUUUAUCAUAUUAGACGCAAAUCAAAAUAGUAGUGAGUGUAGAAGACCAGUCGACUUCUGUGACCUUCACAUUGUUCAGUAUUACGAAGUAUAAAUAGGUUCUCUCUCUCUCUCUCUCUCUCUCUCUCUCUCUCUCUCUCUCUCUCUCUCUCUCUCUUUAGACCACGUCUUGAUUCAGAACAAGAGACCAUAUCUGUAAGAAACUAUGUUUCUAGGUCACGUAAUUUUAACACAAAAUAUUUCAUUAUUUAACGAUUAAUACUUACGUUCUUCUCCUGUUCAUUAUUAUAAUAAUUUUCAGAAUCUAUGCAGAUUACAGGUUACAUAUUGCAGAAUUUUUGAGUAAAGAAAAUUCUUAUGUAUUUUAUCAUGCAUCUUUUGGCCUUAGUAAACUAAUUAGCUAGUAGGUAUAAUUUACAUAUUGAUUAAGGAACAUGUCCUGAAAAUAUUAUUAAAUUUAUAAUUGAAAUUAAUAAACUGUUUAAGAAU